AUGUCUCGACGGAGUAUGAGGCUGGUUUUAGGGGGAUACUACCACCAAUCCUCCGAGGAUGACGAAUCCUCCUCAGUUUCCUACAGGGAGAGCCCUGUGAGGUGUGUGUGUCUUUCAUGUUGGACAGUAUAGCCUAAUACAGUAGGUCUGAUACAGUUGCUUUAACACCUUUUCAAACACUCUCUCUCUCUCUCAGGGUCUUUACCAAGAGGAAGACAGGGGGUCGUAAAGUGACCUCCUCUCGUACCUCCAGCCGGGCCAACAGCGUGGCUAGCAGUGCUAGCAUUGCUAGCAGCAAGGCUAGCACGAUGGAGCCACCCAGUAAUGCUGAGGACAACAUUGGUACGGUUCACACCACUUUCUGCAUCCACAGUCCCAAUGACACUCCCUCAGUUACUUUCACUGUAUACUCAGUAUUGGACAGUCGUGGUCAAACGUUUUGAGAAUGACACAAAUAUUAAUUUUCACAAAGUCUGCUGCCUCAGUUUUUAUGAUGGCAAUUUGCAUAUUCUCCAGAAUGUUAUGAAGAGUGAUAAGAUGAAUUGCAAUUAAUUGCAAAGUCCCUCUUUGCCAUGAAAAUGAACUUAAUCCCAAAUAAACAUUUCCACUGCAUUUCAGCCCUGCCACAAAAGGACCAGCUGACAUCAUGUCAGUGAUUCUCUCGUUAACACAGGUGAGAGUGUUGACGAGGUCAAGGCUGGAGGUCAAUCUGUCAUGCUGAUUGAGUUAGAAUAACAGACUGGAAGCUUUAAAAGGAGGGUGGUGCUUGAAAUCAUUGAUCUUCCUCUGUUAACCAUGGUUACCUGCAAGGAAACACGUGCCGUCAUCAUUGCUUUGCACAAAAAGGGCUUCACAGGCAAGGAUAUUGCUGCUAGUAAGAUUGCACCUAAAUCAACCAUUUAUCGGAUCAUCAAGAACUUCAAGGAGAGAGGUUAAAUUGUUGUGAAGAAGGCUUCAGGGCGCCCAAGAAAGUCCAGCAAGCGCCAGGACCGUCUCCUAAAGUUGAUUCAGCUGCGGGAUCGGGGCACCACCAGUGCAGAGCUUGCUCAGGAAUGGCAGCAGGCAGGUGUGAGUGCAUCUGCACGCACAGUGAGGCGAAUACUUUUUGGAGGAUGGCCUGGUGUCAAGAAGGGCAGCGAGGAAGCCACUUCUCUCCAGGAAAAACAUCAGGGACAGACUGAUAUUCUGCAAAAGGUACAGGGAUUGGACUGCUGAGGACUGGGGUAAAGUCAUUUUCUCUGAUGAAUCCCCUUUCCGAUUGUUUGGUGCAUCUGGAAAAAAGCUUGUCCGCAGAAGACAAGGUGAGCGCUACCAUCAGUCCUGUGUCAUGCCAACAGUAAAGCAUCCUGAGACCAUUCAUGUGUGGGGUUGCUUCUCAGCCAAGGGAGUGGGCUCACUCACAAUGCUGCCUAAGAACACAGCCAUGAAUAAAGAAUGGUACCAACACAACCUCCGAGAGUAACUUCUCCCAACCAUCCAAGAACAAUUUGGUGACGAACUAUGCCUUUUCCAGCAUGAUGGAGCACCUUGCCAUAAGGCAAACGUGAUAACUAAAUGGCCGGGGAACAAAACAUCAACAUUUUGGCUCCAUGGCCAGGAAACUCCCCAGACCUUAAUCCCAUUGAGAACUUGUGGUCAAUCCUCAAGAGGCGGGUGGACAAACAAAAACCCACAAACUCCAAGCAUUGAUUAUGCAAGAAUGGGCUGCCAUCAGUCAGGAUGUGGCCCAGAAGUUAAUUGACAGCAUGCCAGGGCGGAUUGCAGAGGUCUUGAAAAAGAAGGGUCAACACUGCAAAUAUUGACUCUUUGCAUAAACUUAAUGUAAUUGUCAAUAAAAGCCUUUGACACUUAUUGAAUGCUUGUAAUUAUACUUCGGUAUACCAUAGUAACAUCUGACAAAAAUAUCUAAAAACACUGAAGCAGCAAACUUUGUGAAGACCAAUACUUGUGUAAUUCUCAACUUUUGACCAUGACUGUAUAGCGUUCUAUUGCAGUGUGCUAGCUAGCUAGGUUAUCUUUGAAUUGUAGUUACAUAGCUAGGUUAGCUGCUUUUUGUUGUUGUUGUUCGUUAGCUAGGUAGCCUUUUCUGUCUAUGGUUACUGUCUAUGGUUACAGUUAUCUAUUAUGGCUAUUCAAAACUGACCAUCUGACUCUCUCUUUCUCCCCGCACCCCUUGCCCCUCAGGGGUCUCAAGUUUGGUUCAGAGGAGGAAGACCUUCCAGGAGCCUCCCAGUGUGGCUCCAGCCCCAGCCCCCAGCCUGAAUCUGGCUCCUAGCCCCAGGGGCUUCCCCUCCUACCAGACCAUCCUUAACCAGGCCCAGAGCCAGAGCAGUGCCGUGGACAGCUCUGGUUACUCCUCUUCGGAGACAAGACGUUCCAAAGGAUACUCUGGAUACUCCUCUUUAGACAAACAAAGGACCAACAGGAAAAGCGCCAGUGCCAGCACCAGCGCCAGCUGGAGUGAGUAAUGUGUGGGUGUGUGCUUGUUUGUUAGCAUUAGCAUAGCGUUAGCUUGUUUAUAUGCUUGAAGCUUGUUUGUUAGCAUUAGCUUGUUUCUAUGCUUGUAGCCUGUUUGUUAACAUUAGCUUGUCUCAGUGAUUGUAGCUUGUUCUUUAGCAUCAGCUUGAACUCUGUCUCCUCCUGUAGCCCCUCCGUUUGACCCUGCCGGUGUGGGGAAGGACAUUCUAAUUGCCUUCCUCCUCAUCCUCUUGACCUUUGGUGAGUGGUAUCACAGCCCAUAAUCAUGCAGUCUAUAGUUAUAUAGAACUGCUAUGAAAAGAACCAACAGCAUGCUGUGUACACCUGCACUUUUACUUUAUUGGUGCUAGCAGUAAAUUGUCCACACAUGACAUGCCUAACCAUAGUACUUACUGGCGAUUGAUUCACUGAGCGAAUGUAUAGAAUGGCACUAACAGAAGUACAACACAUACACACCCAUUGUUGACGAGCAAUAAUGUAGACACAAUAAUGUUCACACAUCUAAAUGUUGUCUGUGUAAACUGUACGAUACUGUGCUCCUUGGAUUAUUCAGGUCUAUUCUGCCUCUCUUUGCUAGGCUGUUGGCACCUUGCCCCCUUAGUAUGGUCCACCCUGACUCUGACCCUGAACCGUCCAGUCAUCACCCCGACUCCACCCCCUGUCUUCAGUCUUCCUCCCAAGGCUAUGGUAGGAUCUGAUAGGACCACAUACCCGCCAAUCAUCUCUCUAUCAUCUUUCUCUUGAUUUGGUAGGAUGCUGCAUUGACGCUCUGCAUAUGUAACCUACUCCUGGAUUGUACAAUCAAGUUUGUCAACUCUUUUUGCAGGAUGGAGCUUCGGUAUUUAAUUCUGCUUUGGAAGCCAAGAUGAACACCAUUCUGGUAAGAGAGAGUAUACAAACUAUACUCCAUUUGGGUGUAUUCAUUUGGUGAACUGACUUGUGCAUGUUUCUCCCACAGAGAGAAAUAGAAAUACUUAAGAAGGACCACCAGCAGAAAUGUGUUACCGAGGUGAGUACUCUACAGUAUUAUGUGGAAUGGGGUUGUCAUAAUGUUCUAUAACAGUCUAGUAUGGAGAACAGGGUUUCAGUUAUAGAUGUCUAUAGAAGUGUACUAUAUGUGUAAUAGGGAGUCAUUUAUAGGGCUCUAUAGUAGUGCAGUAUUUGGCAAAUAGGGUUUCAUUUAGUGAUGAGCGAUUAGUGCUUUUUGAGGUCAGUUCAGUUUUUGUUUGAUAAUGAAAAAAUUAUAACGGUUUUGAUUAUUUUUUCAAACAUGAAAUUCAUUAUGAAAUAAUGACGUUACUAUGUUUUUAUACCUUUUUUAAUGGAAAUUCCAAAGCCCAAAAUGGUGAACAUUCAAUUGAAAAACAUAGCAAAUAUUCCUUUGUCUCUGAUCAGGUCCAUAUUGGGUAGACAUCAAUAGGAAAUUACUAUGAAAUAAUAAACAUUUUCAGUUGUGUAUAUUACUUAGUUUUUAUUUGAUUACUUUAUUAUUUUUCAUUCCUUAAAAGUAAUCAUCUCAUCUCUGCUCAGGCAGCAGCAGUCAGCCAGCCAGGCCAUCUAACAUUAUGUGCUCUCCAUACUGUACUGUCUUUAGUCAUCCUAUUUGGCUAGCCUGCCUAAGUAUGCUGCAGAGCUGUCUGACGAUAUAAUUUGACUAGUUCUUCAAAGUAGAUUAGGCAUACUUUCAAACUGUCUGUCUCUCUCAUCGUUAUGUACAUUAUUCUCUCAUGCGGUCUGUGUGUAUCUAACCUAACGUAGCAGAUGUAAAAGUGUAUCAUGUCCAGAGGUCUGUAUAUAACGAUGAGAUGCUCAUGUCUCCGCCCUAACAACGGGAGUCGUUGUCCCAAAGGCGGGAAGGCAGGCGACAAGCUGAGGUCCAAAAUAAGCCCAUAGAAACGCAUUGGUCUUAUUUUGGACAGAUUUUGGCGAGAGUGAAACCUCUCGCUUCUCCUCUUCCUCUCUGAUCCGUCUGAGGUGGAAAAAACUGGUACAAUGGGUUAUGGACAUUGAGGUUAAUUACCACAUUUCUGCGCUGAACUAGGUUGAAUAUUUGCCUAGUGAAAGUCCAUUCAGCCCAGCGUCCCACAUAGUUCAUGACUUGAUUUCUUUCGUGAAUUAUUUAAUUUCUCUCUAGAGAAACGGCGCGUUGGGCUCACAAAAAAAAACUCACUAAAUGGAAUUCAAGUAAUUGAACCGACAUCGGUCAAACCGGAAAAACACGAAAUGCCGGUUAAUCGCUCAGCGCUAGUUUCAUUUCUAGGGUUUAUACUAUAGCAGUGUUGUAUAUUUACAUACAGGGUUGAGAUGUGGUCUUUGUGCUUGUCUAUCCCAACAGAUAGUAGAGAGACUGCAGACAGACUUGACAGACGUGAGGACAGACAUGAGGAACUUGAGAGUGAGAGUGGACAGGUGAGUGUGUGGCUGGUCCCGUCCAGAAACUACCCCUAGCUCCUGCCCCAUGCUCCCUAGGCAGAUUUGAAAGGAUUUAAAACAUUGUCUCGUACUUUUCCUAUUAACCAAUCUAACAUCCCAACCUUGUUUACAAAACAGAGUUUGAGUCUUUCAUCCAAUCUUAAAUAGCGGGCACUUAACCUUAAAAGGCAGAAGAUUAAACAUCUCUGUUUCUCACUAAAUAGACAAAGUUGUAUUAUAUUCUAUUCUAUUGUAGUGUGGAUCCUUUGGAUUGGGACCAUCGUUUGAGCCAGCAGACGGCCGGCUUCACCAGUCAGGUGAACGACCUCAAGGACCAACACACACACAUCUGGCAGAGAGUCGCUGCCCUGGAGGACCAGAGUACUACGGUAAUGUACACACCCACAAACAGGUACACAAACUCUGUAAAAUUUGUAGCACUGAACUAAUGCGAUUGGAUAAGAGUGUGUGCUAAAUAACUGAAAUGUGAAUGGUUGAGUCCAAAAUGGCACCCUAUUCCCUACGUAGUGACCUGGUCAAAAGUACUGCACUAUAUAGGGAAUGGGUGCCAUUUUUGGACGCACACAACGUGAAUGAUGAGCCUUCCUAACCUAAUGGAUUUGGUGUCUGUUGUGUAGCUGGAGCAGCAUGUCUACUCUCUCCAGAACCAGCCUCCUCCAGCACCCAGCCCCACCAAAGCCAACGCACGCCUGACCACCGAGCUCAAAGAGGCCAUGGCCAAAUGGCUGCAUGAGAAUGUGCCCCAGAAUGAGCCACGGAUUGUGAAGGAGAUUGUAAAGGACUGCAGUCCUCCAUUGGCUGACAGGAUGCCGGACUUUGCCUUAGAGUCCCAAGGUGCCAGCAUUGUGAGCACGCGAUGUUCCGAGACGUACCGUACCCGCUCGGCAUGUGUGACCUUCCUGGGUGUACCUCUCUGGUACCCCACUGAGAGCCCCCGCACCGUUAUCCAGGUACAUCUCCCUCUUUCUCUCUCUUUUUAUAUCCUUUCUUUGUUGUGAUUGUUGCCACCAGGUCAAUAGGAAUAGGAAUCUCCACUCUCCUUUUCUCUCUCUGUCUCCUUUCUUUGUAACGUGUUUUGUCAUCACUUUAUAAUCUAACUGAACAUGAACCUCACCUGUCCCACCCCUCAGGGCCAAUCUGUGCAGGCUGGGAAAUGUUGGGCGUUCCACGGUGCGCAGGGCACCCUAUUCAUCGCCCUGUCUCAUCCCAUUCGCAUCACCCACGUCACCCUGGAACACCUGCCUGUCUCCACCGCUCCCACCGGACGCAUCAACAGCGCCCCCAAGGACUUCUCUGUCUAUGUGAGUCAACUCUGACACCUGACCUAACUGUGAUACUGUGACCCCCCCCCCCCCCCACACACACACACUUCCUGACACCCUAUUCCAUGUAGAAUCUUCUGUAGGACAUUUCCCACAUAGAUGUCUGGAGCAGUAUGCUGAGGACUGCUUUCUCCCUUAAAGAUCUCACUCGUCUAUUUCUCUCUCUGUGAAGGGUAUGUCCACCGAGACAGAAGAUGGCACCUUCCUGGGAAACUUCACUUAUGACCAGCAUGGAGAGCCAAUCCAAACCUUCCAACUGCCCGUGAGUCACAUCAUUCAAACUUAGCCAGGGUUAGGCUAGCUAGGUUUAACUUUUGGGGCUUGCUAUAGCUGAAAUCUGCCUCACUCAGUUGAGUUUCUCGUGCUAACUCUUUAUCUUUCCCGUUCUCUCUCUCUCUCAGAACCCUACCAGGGCCGUCUAUUGCUAUGUAGAGCUGCGCGUUCUGAGUAACUGGGGUCACCUGAAGUACACGUGCGUGUACCGCUUCCGUGUUCACGGACACAUGGCCCCCUCCUCCACAUGA